GUCGCGGGGUGCGCCCGGCCUUGCUCAACGCCCGGCAGUCCCCGCCGUCGCCGCCGUCCUCGGCAGCUGCCGAGGCUUCCCGCAGCCGUCAUGUCCGCCAGCGCCGUCUACGUGCUGGACCUAAAGGGCAAGGUGCUCAUCUGCCGGAAUUACCGCGGUGACGUGGACAUGUCGGAGGUGGAGCACUUCAUGCCUAUCCUGAUGGAGAAGGAGGAGGAAGGGAUGCUGUCGCCCAUCCUGGCCCACGGGGGUGUCCGCUUCAUGUGGAUCAAGCACAACAAUCUGUAUCUGGUCGCCACGUCGAAGAAGAACGCAUGCGUGUCGCUGGUGUUCUCCUUCCUUUAUAAGGUGGUUCAGGUGUUCUCUGAGUACUUCAAGGAGCUGGAGGAGGAGAGUAUUCGUGAUAACUUUGUCAUCAUCUACGAGCUGCUGGAUGAGCUCAUGGACUUCGGCUACCCCCAGACCACCGACAGCAAGAUCCUGCAGGAAUACAUCACUCAGGAAGGCCACAAGCUGGAAACGGGGGCCCCGAGGCCCCCCGCCACCGUCACCAACGCAGUGUCCUGGCGGUCCGAGGGCAUCAAGUACCGGAAGAACGAGGUGUUCUUGGACGUCAUCGAAUCUGUCAACCUCUUGGUCAGUGCCAAUGGCAACGUGCUGCGCAGCGAGAUCGUUGGCUCCAUCAAGAUGCGGGUCUUCCUGUCCGGCAUGCCCGAGCUGCGCCUGGGCCUCAACGACAAGGUCCUCUUUGACAACACGGGCCGUGGCAAGAGCAAGUCCGUGGAGCUGGAAGACGUGAAAUUCCACCAGUGUGUGCGACUCUCACGCUUCGAGAACGACCGCACCAUCUCCUUCAUCCCUCCAGAUGGCGAGUUUGAGCUCAUGUCGUACCGCCUCAACACGCAUGUCAAGCCCUUGAUAUGGAUCGAGUCCGUGAUUGAGAAGCAUUCCCACAGCCGCAUCGAGUACAUGAUCAAGGCCAAGAGCCAGUUUAAGCGGCGGUCAACAGCCAACAAUGUGGAGAUCCACAUCCCCGUGCCCAACGAUGCCGACUCCCCCAAGUUCAAGACGACAGUGGGGAGUGUCAAGUGGGUCCCCGAGAAUAGCGAGAUCGUGUGGUCCAUCAAGUCCUUCCCGGGGGGCAAGGAGUACCUGAUGCGGGCCCACUUCGGCCUGCCCAGCGUGGAGGCGGAGGACAAGGAGGGCAAGCCCCCGAUCAGCGUCAAGUUUGAGAUCCCCUACUUCACUACCUCUGGCAUCCAGGUGCGCUACCUGAAGAUCAUCGAGAAGAGCGGCUACCAGGCCCUGCCAUGGGUCCGCUACAUCACUCAGAACGGAGAUUACCAGCUUCGGACCCAGUGAGGAGCCCUGCAGCCAGCGCCCCCUGGCCCCGGCGCUGGGGCUCCUGGCGGAAGCACCAGGAGGAAGCACCUGCCAAGCCUGCUGGAUGGAGGGGGGGCACCCCUGGCCACCGGCCACCCUUCCGGCUCCUCCAGGGGACCCCUCCUCUUCCAGGCACACCUGCUCUGCCGUUGCCACUCUCGUCUCUGGGUCCCUUCUCCCAGACGCGGCUCAUCUUCGAGAAGUCUUGUCUCUCUGCCCCCUGAGUCAGUUUGAGGGGAAGGAAAUGAAAUCUUUCCCUCUAGAGAUCAAAUACAGCCUUCUGUGCUGUUGAGCCCCCAGGCACCAAAAAGAUGGGGAGACGCUCACCCAGCCACUGGCUGCACGCGGCCUCCGGCCAGGCCGACUGGGCCACUGUUCGGUUGCUGUUCUGUUGAAUGUUCUAGGUUCAUGAGUGUUCCUAGUUUCUGUCCCAUCUGUUUGUUGUUGUUUAUGUGCACCCCACUGUCCGUGCCUCCCGCCCUUUGUCCUGAAGCUCUCGGGCAGCACUUAGUGAGGGCACAGUGCCCUCCUCCGCAGUGAGGCCCAUGUGACACUGGGUUCCCUCCAAUGCCUGGCCUGACCCCUGUCCGUGCCUCUGCGGCAGAGGCUCCUCCUCGGGGGCUCCCGGCCUCCCCUCACCCCCACUGAGGCCUCGCGGAGAUGCUCUCCCAGAGUCCGCCACACCGUGCGAUGCUGUCACUCAGCCACAUCAGUGUUUGUCCCACCAAGGAGGUGGUGGCCUCAGAGGGCUGGGGGCACAGGUUACCCCCAUCUGUGCUGGUUCACCCCACCACCACCCUGUCUAUGUUCAUGUCAUGAUUACAUUAAAUUCCAUUACUUAAA